GUUAGUGCAUCGUUCUCCUCCAUCACUGCAGCAUCUUAUUGGUUUUAAUAUUCUUUCUUGCUCUCUUUUAUAUCAAGUAUGAUUGUCAAUCUGGCUUAUCUAAGCCUUCUUCAUCAUGCAAAAACCCAUGCUCUGGUAAGCCUGCCCCUUCUCAUGUCCCUAACUUUUGAUGGAGGACAUUUGGCUAUGCUGGAAAUUCAUUCCUCUGCAAGGUAAGCAGCGUGGGUUCCCAUGGGAUUGUCACACUGGCCACAGAGACUAAACAUGGAGAAAGUGCAUCCAGCUCUGGGGUUUACUGGUGGACAGUUGCUGGUGGCAGGGGGCUGUCAGCAAGAAGCAUCGUUUGUUGUUGUUCUCUGUAUGAGUGUGUGGCUUGUGUUAUUGGCUCUCCUGGGCAACAACCAUAAACCCAACUCAAAUACACCUAAAAAUCUCCCUAAAGGGGAAGACCACAGGAAAAUGGCCAAAAAAGCUAAUGAAUAUCCCUUCUCCUGUAGGAUGAGUAUCUUAUUCUUUCUGAAGCUGCAGCUGUGUGUGAGAAGAUGCGCAUGUUGGAGUAGCUCUAGUGAGGAGCUUGCACUGAUCACAUAAGGAGAGAGCCAGAGAAUCUGGAGCAGGCACACGGAAAAGCACCUGCCUGGACAGCAGGAGACCAGCAAAUCCCAGGGCUGUGGGAUGCUCACGUGGUCCAUGGACAAGAGGUGUUUCUCGUGGCACGAUGGUACCUGGUUGCAGUGGUGGAACCAGAGCAGAGCUGAGUGUGGUGGUGGCUUCCCCACCAGGCUACAGGAAAAAAGGUAGAAACAGAAGGAUCCUGGGGUCACACAAGAACUCUUCGUAAUUCAGGAGCAUCUAAUGAACUAGCAAGGACUUAAAGCCUGACUGCUUUGGAGGUUUUGGGAUACUUCUGAAGAUGUACACUGGGAGCUGUCAUGCCUUUACUGAAGUGUAUGCAAGUUAGUGUUUUAUAUCAACGUCAUUCUAUAAGGAUGAAGUGUCAGGGAACAAAGGGACCUCAGGAAUAUUAUGACUGUGAUUGGGGGCACAUCCCCACUCUUCUGCCUGUUCUUGUUCACCAGCAUGUGAAUGUACUGCAAGCAGGAACUUCCUCUGAGUGACUGGCUAUCCUGGUGGGCUGCUGAGGUCCACGCUCUUCAUCAUCAUCCUCACAGUCUUUGGCAACUUGGGGAAAUGGGACCCUGGUGAAAGACUCCAGGCAAAGACAUUCCACAGAAUCAUCACUUGCCUCUUCCUCUGUGAUUCUAACCUCAGCCACUGGCCUCAUGUUCAUUGUGUGUCCUCUACAUGUCAAAAAGAAUCCCCUACCAAAGGAGAUGGAAAAAGCAAGGUCAGCGUAAUCACAAGAAUGGAUAACAGCCAGUGGUUGCAAAGGGUUGCAGCUGUGAUUGGCAAGAGUUUUCCAGAAGGAGUCAGAAUCCUGCCUGGGAUCGAACAGGUUUCCUCGGGCACCCAGUAUGUAUUGGGGUAUUGAAUAUGGAGCAGAGAUGAGGCACAGAAGUGAGACUGAUCACAGGCCAGUAUUCAAGUCAGCUGCUACAAGACUUGAAGUGGUUCACUGUUGGUUCUGAGCACUCUAACAAGCUCUUGAUGCCACCUGAAGUAUUUCAGAACAACAGGCUGGAUCACAUCUGCCAUUACAUCUGCAUGAACCUGUCUGUCUAUUUGAGAUGUUUGUAGCCAAGAACAUCGUUUGAAUUGAUGUGGCGAUGACACAGAGAAGGAACAGAUGGCACAGAGCUGUCCCUGCUCCAUUCAUCACGUCAAUGAUUGGAAAUGAUGACAAUACCACACGGGCUCGCUCCAAAUUAUGGAACCCAGCAAACAAAUUAGCCUGACUGGCGGGAGGUCUCAGAAAAGAAGAUUGAAAUCUGCCUUGGACAACUAUGGAGGUUACAUGGCUACAGAUCACAUCGCUGGUGAAAGAGGUGCUGAGAAUGGGAAGCUGAGACGCUGGAAGCUGUUACGGGGAAGAACGCUGCUCUGGGUUCAUAUUGUGCCUAUGCUACCUAUAUAAGAAGAGAUUUAAAAAGAAAAAGUUCCGUUCUACUCAGCGAAAUACUGCUAUUUUCAGCCAAUAUAGCAAGAUGAACUGUGUAAUUUUAAAUACUACUUCGUUUAAAUUUUCAAAAGAUUUUAUUACUGUAAAUGGAGUAAUGUAGCUCUAUGUUGAGUGUAAUCAGGAGAAAAAAAGUGUACUGUUCCUCACUGGGAGACAUUUAAGAGGUAAUAUAUCUUUAAGUGUCUCCGCCUCUGAAUCCACCCACUUCUUGAUAGCUGCAGCCUCUUGUUGACUCACAGAAGCUGUGUUCAUUCAAUAGCGAGCAACAAGCAGUAUUUUUCAGAGAUUUUAAGAGCACACCUCCUGCUAUGUGUUUUACGUUCUAGCUUGCUGCGGCUGAAGGUGUAUGAAAGAAACAGUUUUAAGUUUCGAAGAUAUUGCAUAAGAUUGUUCCUCCUCUCAUCCCAGAAAAUCCUGACAGACCAGUUGGAUACCUUUCAGGCCUUAACCAAGAACUUUAUCUGCUCGUCCCACUGCCUUUUUUACAGUAGAAAGACCUGAGACACUCUUAAGAACUGACUAAUUUAAACAGAUGGCUAAUCCCAGUGCUGUCUGCAAUGGACAUCUACAUCAUCAUCAUCAGAAACAGAAUAAUCUCUUAAAAAGUGGAAUCUGUAAGAAAAAUGGAAUUACUAAAGGAGUGAAGAAUGGCGUAUCAAAUGGAACUCUCUACAAAAAAACAUUUAUUGAGCACUUUGAACAGGCACCAAUGUAUGUUGCCGUUCUUACUUUCCUGGGUUUUGGAGUGGGAACAGUAUUUGGCUACCUGCGAGAUUUUAUGAGAGCCUGGGGACUAGAAAAACGUAACGUUGCCACAGAGAGAGAACAACAAAAAGAUUUUGUGCCACUUUAUCAAGAUUUUGAGAACUUUUACACCAGAAACCUCUAUAUGAGAAUACGGGAUAACUGGAAUCGUCCAAUUUGCAGUGUCCCAGGGCCACAGUUUGACCUCAUGGAACGUGUCACAGAUGAUUACAACUGGACAUUUAGGUUUACAGGAAGGACUAUCAAGAAUGUAAUCAAUAUGGGUUCUUAUAACUACCUCGGCUUUGCAGAAACGGAUGUUAAUGCUUUGAAAACUGUGACCAUAGAGUUACAAAAAUACGGGACAGGAGUCUGCAGUACCAGGCAGGAAAUGGGUACCCUAGACAAACACGUAGAAAUAGAGAAACUUGUGGCCAAGUUCCUUGGUGUGGAAGAUGCUAUGGUGUUUGGCAUGGGCUUUGCAACUAACUCAAUGAAUAUUCCAGCCCUUGUUGGGAAGGGCUGCCUCAUUUUAAGUGAUGAGUUGAACCACACUUCUCUCGUUCUUGGUGCGAGGCUUUCAGGUGCUACUAUUAGAAUCUUCAAGCAUAAUAAUAUGCAGAGCCUCGAGAAUUUGCUGAGGGAAGCAAUAAUAUAUGGGCAGCCUCGAAGCCGCAGAGCAUGGAGAAAAAUUAUCAUCCUCGUGGAGGGCAUUUACAGCAUGGAAGGGUCCAUCGUACGCCUGCCAGAGAUAGUCUCCUUGAAGAAGAAAUACAAAGCCUACCUCUACUUGGACGAAGCUCACAGCAUCGGUGCGGUGGGCGCAACGGGCCGAGGAGUUGUGGAAUACUUCGGUAUGAGUCCUGACGAUGUUGAUGUAUUAAUGGGAACAUUCACAAAGAGCUUUGGCGCAGCUGGAGGAUACUUAGCUGGCAAAAAGGACCUUGUGGACUUUUUACGAACUCAUUCUCACAGUGCUGUGUACGCCACAUCUAUGUGUCCAGCCGUAGCAGAGCAAAUAAUCAGGGCAAUGAAAUGUCUCAUGGGACUAGACGGAACCACACAAGGGCUCCAAAGAGUGCGCCAGCUGGGGAGAAACACAAGAUACUUCAGACGAAGACUGCAUGAAAUGGGCUUCAUCAUUUAUGGCAAUGAUGAUUCUCCUGUUGUCCCCUUACUCCUUUAUAUGCCUGGUAAGAUAGGGGCUUUUGCAAGACGCAUGUUAGAAAAAAAUAUUGGGGUAGUUGUGGUUGGGUUUCCAGCUACUCCUAUCACAGAAUCCCGAGCUCGGUUUUGUGUGUCAGCUGCGCAUACACGGGAGAUGUUAGACACGGUUUUGAAUGCUCUGGAUGAAUUGGGUGAUUUUCUACAUCUGAAAUAUUCCCGGUAUUCCAAGUCAUCUCAUCCUGAACUGUAUGAAGAAACUAGUCUUGAACUUGAAGAUUAAGUUUUCCACCCAUGAAGAGAACAUUAUGAUGCUAUGAAAGGGGGAAAACCCAAAAACAUGAAUGCAUUUCUUCCCUUCUAAGGACAAUUUUUGUUUCUGAGUUAAUUGAAAGGAAGGGAAGCUCAAGUGUUGCAUUUAUUGUAUCUAAUUUCUGUAUUCAAGAGACUGAAAUAUUGAUACAGAUUUGCCUCCCCAGGAGAUCUGUCCUUCUUACGGUAUUUUUGAUGCAGAAUGAAUGCAUCCAUUGAUCGACUUGCUAAGGUACAGCUUUUGUUAUGUCCCCUUUCUAUGAAGAGGCUUCAGAUAGUCUUAAUUGUGACUGAAAUAAUAAAGUUUAAAAACUUAAUAUAUUCCAAUGUAGUAUGGUAAUACAGCUGAACUUCAUCAGUGAGAUUGCUUUUAUCUGUUAAAGAGCAUAAAUCAAGACAUUGUGGACUGCUACAGAGGUAUGAGCAGAAAGUAACCUUUUAAAGUUGUUUUAUCAUGCAUUUCUCCAAGGAUAGAAAAUGUUGGAAGGCAGCUAAUGCUGAGAACAAGAAAAGUAGCCUGAUCAGAUCAUGUAUUUCUGAUAGCAGAUUACAGUAAAGGGAAAAUGCCUCUUUCCCUCCACCAACCCUUUCUUGGCCACUUCAAUAUACUAUAAGCUUCAUAAUGUACAAAAAUUUGGACUUAGACGCAAACAGAAAUGCUUUUCUGCUAACGCGUUUAACCUACAGACUAUCGCAUCUUACCACAAUGUAAGUUCUUCAGCAGGCUUGCUCCCUUUUUGUGUAGCAGUAGUAAAUAAUUUUAAUAACCAUUUAACUUCCCCAUAAAAACCUUGAUCAAAACAGUCAGAUACUUGCAGUUCACAAACUGCAGAUGACAUUUAUGGGCCCAUUCCUAAGUUUCUUGAACUACUUAUGGGUUUAAUAAAUUUACUAACAAGUACAUAAUGUUGAAGCUGUUAGUUAUACAGAAUAUGAAGUUCAAGAUACCAUAAGCAGUUCUGCCACCUGUUAAAUUGAAAACUACACCAUUUCUAAAUCUGCUGAAGUCACCCACUUAAUAACAUUUCUUGACAUGUUCUUGUCUGUUUUAUGCAUGUCAGAGGUUGUUUUACUUGUCUAGUUGCAGACUUUUUGACUGGUUUGUUUUUCAAAUAAUUGAUUAUGUCAUCUGAGGGGGAAGAUGUCCUUGUCCCCUUUUCCACUGCCCAAGUGACAGAUGCUCACAGACCCUUGAAGGAAUUGUUACAUCCAGCAGUUUUCCUGCAAUGCCUGCAGCAGCAUUAUCGUCUGGCUUGUGUGGGCUGAGUUUCUUGAAGGAGACUGGAGGCUUUUUCCCUUUUUUGCAGUGUUGAAAAGCAGUUCUGCAGCUUUAAGAAUGAACUCCAAACCAUUCCACGCUAUCAAAUGUCAUUGUAAACACAUCAGAUGAGAGAUGUUUAGCUUUCUGUUGCACAGAUGUACCACACUUUCAUGUUCUCUUGAAAGCUGUGGUGUAAACUUAACCCACAGCUGCAAUAUUAGAUUUAAGAACAGAACAAUUAAAUUGUGGAGUACCAAUUACACUAUAUUACUCCCUGCUUGUUAAAGCAGCUUUCAGGAUAUAACAAGGCUGAUAGGUUAUGAGGGCCCAUUUUUUGGUGGAUUUUUGUUGUCGUUGUUGUUGUUCAAGUUAAUAAAAAUCCAGUGGUGCUAUAACUUUAAUAA